AAGUCUUUCUAAUAGAGAGAUGAAUGCAUUAGGGAAGGUUGUGGAACAGUGUUGUUUUAAAGUUGACAUAUCUACAUCAGAAUAUCAUCCACUUGCUUUGAAGGUGUUGGGUGUCCGAGUUGGCCCCGUUGCACAAGAGUGGCAAAAGUUUGAUUUCAAGCAGUAUACCAAAGAAAAUAUACAUCCCAUAUUUUCUAUAUUAAGAUCAGGGUACGAUGCCUUGCGUCCACUAUAUCAGAGGAUGUUUAUAGAUCUUGCAGUAUAUCAAGCUGACUGGACUAGUCAUGCAUAUUUUUAUAACGUAUGGCGGUAUGUGCACGGUGAAAGAGAUGAAGAUGCUCUCGUGAAGUUGCUCAAAGAGCUUCUAGUAAAGUCCCUCAUUGAACACUGUGAUCUUAACUCUGGAAAAGUAUACAUCCAUGACCUGUGUCGUGACUUCAUACAAAUGGAGGUUGAAAGCGAGGUCAAACACAAUCCAAGAUGUUAUCUGUUUCAAACAAACAAUCAACGUUAUUUCCAAGCAUGCAGGCUUCGCAUUCAGCAUCAAGGAAUCACUGAACUAACCGAAGGGAUCUUGUGCACGUGUUCAAAAGCGGAAUUGUUGUCUUUGGAAGAAUGCGACUAUCUAAGACUUGUAGACGUUCGUGGUAUGUCGAAUUUGGCACUUCUUCAAAUAAACAAAUGUCCUCAGCUGACGAGUAUUUUUGUAGAAGGUGUUAAAACCCUUCGAUCUAUUUCUUGGGAUGGAUUUCAAGGAGAUUAUCCAAGCUUAACUGGUUCGGAGUCAUUGGAAUCAUUGGAACUAAAAUCAAACAAGGACUGGCCGAAUAUUCCUCCGACCAAUUCAGAUCUUUCAUAUUGUUGCAACCUUGAAAAUCUUCAUCUGUCAAACAUACCGCUUUCUCAAGAAAUGGCGAAUAUAAACUCCUUGGUGAAGCUUAGAAGACUAUCGAUUGGCAACUGCCAACAAUUGAAAAGAGUUUAUGGUCUUGAAGCUGCAAAAUUCAUACAAGUCAUUGUACUAGAAGGUUGUUCUUCUCUUCUAGAGUUUCCUUCGUUGGUGAACUUUCGAUUCCUUCAGUACUUUGUUCUCAGCAAUGCUACUGUUCUGAAGAAAUUACAUGGAAUUUCUGGUUUUUCUCUUACCCAUCUCUUAUUAAGGAAUGCCACACAACUUGAAGACCUCCUUGGAAUUCAAGCAUUUACAACUUUGAAAUAUUUGAACUUAUCCAACACUGGUAUCGAAGACUUCUCAUGGAUUUCCAACAUGAAAGAAUUACGUGUAAUCAAUCUUUCUGGGACGAGAUUAAAAAUAUUACCCAACCACAAACAUCUGCACAAGCUUGAAGAACUUCAACUAAACAACUGUGUGGCUUUGGAGGAUUUGGACAAGGACUUUGACAUUUCACCGAGUCUACGGGAGUUCCGGAUGUGGAAUUGUCCGAACUUGAAAACAUUGCCUCAAUUCAAGAUAUCAAGCUUGAUUUAUUUAUGUAUCUGUGAUGCGAAGGUAGAAGACAUUUCAGGUAUUCAACAUUGUCUGCACCUUCAGAAGAUUGAUUUUGACAUAUUACCAGUAAAACAUCUACCAGAUUUGAAAAUUUGGCCGUGCUUGAAAAUAUUUACUGUGCAGAAAUGUCAAUUGUUGACAAGAUUGGACAAUGUGAAGAGCUUACCGGCACUAGAGAUUCUUAUGGUAAUUAAUUGUGCAAGCUUAAUUGCUCUACCUGACCUUAGUAGCUCCCAGGAUUUAAUAAAUAGCUACAUUAAUGUCUGUCCCUUAUUAAAUCUAAAUUUGGUGAAGCUACCGGAUUACAGUUUUUUUUACCACCAACACGCAAGAAAAUAGCGAUGCAGAAUAUGAAAAUGGUGUCCACACAUCAACCGUGGAUUAUGGUCAUCAAAAUCUUUUUGUACAUAGAGGCCUUCAGACUGUUAAAACCCAUUCUAGUCACGAUGGUGUACAAUUUUCGACAUUGAUUUGGAUAGUGUUUGGGGCAAUUAGUUGCAUGAUAUGGUAUUUUAUUAUGAAAUGCCAAGACAUGGAACCAGAAUGGAGUUCAAACGAGCUGUAUCCCACUUGAAGAAUUUUAUGUGGGCGGGAAUCGAUCAACGAUCCAUAGCUAGAGUAUCUUGGAACACAUGUUGCAGAACGCUCAAGGGAGAUGGAUUGAAUUUGAUCAACCUCAAAGAAGCUGAGAUAGCUCUCUUGUGCAUUAAGUGUAUCAUCUCUGCAUGUGAACCAGGUGAAUCUGCCCUGAAGAGCAUGCUCAGAUAUUAGAUUGGUUGGCACAAGGCAGGGACAUAAGGCUGAAUGCAAGCGAAACCAUGCAUUCAAACUACAUAUAAGCAUUCCUUUCAAAUCAUAAGGCAAGGCAGAUUCAGUAGUUUUAGUUGAUAUAAAUAUAUCAAGCAAUAAACAGUGAUUGAUUUCUUGCUAUAUUUAGAAAGGGAUACAAGGUUGAAGCAAAAUGUUGCAAAAUACAGCUUUCUAAACCUGGUCCCUGUGAAUGCACUCGAAGUCCGAAAUAAAUUGAAAGGGCCAAGGGUACAUGGGGGCACACAUGAUUUAUUUAAGUUUGUUUUAUGGUCACAAGCAACUUUUUAGAGUUUAUAAAUUUGCACUACAUUUAAUGACAUUCAUCAAAGGAAUGAAGGCCCAACAAUACUUUAUUAUUAUGUUGGAAUUAUACAA